AUGAGUUGGAAGUGGAACCUAAAACAUAGCCUACAGUUAAGAAGCCUAACCUUUUUCUUGUUUCUUGUACCAAAAUCUGGCAUUAUGGCUUGGAGAUCCAGUGGAAGUAACAAUACGAAUCUUGUGGAAAAUUUGGCAAGAAAUGGAAUCAUCAAAAAUGAAAGGGUCAUGAGUGCUAUGAAGAAGGUGGACAGGGGACAUUUUGUUAAAGUAAAUCCAUACGCUGAUUCUCCUCAGAGCAUUGGUUAUGCAGUCACAAUCAGUGCCCCUCAUAUGCAUGCCCAUGCCCUGGAACUGCUGGCAGAUCACUUGGUUGAGGGAAGCAAGGCUCUGGAUGUUGGCUCUGGGAGUGGAUACCUCACAGCAUGCAUGGCCUACCUGGUUGGAAAGACGGGCAAAGCAGUUGGUAUUGAUCACAUCCCGGAGCUGGUUGAAGAGUCCAAAGCCAACAUUGCUAAAGACAUGGUGACUAGAGCUAUGAUGGAGUCUGGCCGUCUGGUCCUCGUCGUGGGUGAUGGUCGAGAAGGAUAUCCGCCUGAAGCUCCCUAUAAUGCCAUACAUGUUGGGGCUGCUGCUCCAACUUUGCCUGAAGCUUUGAUUACGCAGCUGAAGCCAGGUGGUCGUCUGAUCGUACCAGUUGGACCUGUCGGAGAGAGUCAGAGUCUUGUGCAGGUGGACAAGAUGGCCGAUGGAUCCGUUGUAAAGAAAAAUCUGAUGGGUGUGAUUUAUGUCCCCUUGACCAGCAAGGACAAGCAGUGGCCAAGGAAGAAGUUUGAGUUGUGA